UAAAUAUAGCAUAAUCUUUGUGAGGCCCGAUCAGUUCUGGCUUCAAGACGCCGAGGUUUUUUCAUUGCUACCUCCUCCUCUUCCUCCGCCUGCAUUACCAUUGCUGCUGGUUGUUGGAUUCUCGUUGCUCUGAACGAUGGGAGAAGUAGGUCCUGCAAUCGCCAAGGACGUCGCUGAAUUGAUUGGUAACACCCCGUUGGUGUACCUAAACAAUGUUACGACCGGCUGCGUGGCGCGUAUUGCUGCUAAGUUAGAGAUGAUGGAACCCUGCUCCAGCGUCAAAGACAGGAUUGGAUAUAGCAUGAUUACCGAUGCAGAGGAGAAAGGACUUAUCUCGCCAGGAAAGAGCAUCCUGAUUGAACCUACUAGUGGUAAUACCGGCAUAGCGUUGGCCUUCAUGGCAGCUGCAAAGGGUUAUAGGCUCAUACUUACAAUGCCGGCCUCUAUGAGCCUUGAGAGAAGGAUGGUUCUCAAAGCUUUUGGUGCCGAAUUGGUCCUCACGGAUCCAACUUUGGGCAUCAAAGGUGCUGUUCAGAAGGCAGAAGAGUUGGCUGCAAAGACUCCCAAUUCAUACAUCCUUCAGCAGUUUGAAAAUCCUACUAACCCAAAGAUUCAUUAUGAGACAACUGGACCGGAGAUCUGGAAGGGAACUGGGGGCAAAAUUGAUGCCCUUGUGUCUGGUAUUGGUACAGGGGGUACGAUUACUGGAUCAGGAAGAUACCUUAAAGAGCAAAAUCCUGAAGUCAGGCUAUAUGGUGUGGAACCAGCUGAAAGUGCAGUUUUAUCUGGAGGAAAACCUGGUCCACAUAAAAUCCAGGGUAUAGGAGCUGGAUUUAUUCCUGGUGUUUUGGAUGUCAAUCUCAUUGAUGAAGUUAUCCAAGUCUCAAGUGAUGAAGCUAUUGAAACGGCAAAGCUUCUAGCCUUGAAAGAAGGGUUGUUGGUUGGAAUAUCAUCUGGAGCUGCUGCAGCUGCUGCUAUUAAGAUUGCACAGAGACCAGAAAAUGAGGGGAAACUCAUAGUUGUUGUUUUCCCAAGCUUUGGUGAGCGUUAUCUUUCGACACCCCUCUUCCAAUCGAUAAAGAAAGAAGCUGAGAGCAUGGAUUUUGAACCCCGACGGUGAUCUUUUGCUGUCAUCAUUGUGGAAUUUCCAUCUCAAUAAUUUCAUGAGAGUGAUUUUACGAAAGGUUCUUGCAUGGAUGGUUGUACCAGAAUAAAAGUAUGAGCGGACGAAUUCAAGACCGGGCCUCAGACAAUGAAAUGAAGGAUUUACUGCAAUUUCCUUGACUUUGUUGGUACGCAAUAAGGCACUUGCUUUACCUGCCUUGGUUAAUUGGCCAUAGUAUUUCAAUUGUAAGGGCACUAGAAGUGCAUAAAUUUGCCAGUAAAAUCUAUCAUUACUUACUAUUAUUUGGCAUAUGCAAUGAGCUUGAUG